AUGACUACCGAAGAAACACAACAGAGAAGACGAAGAUUGCUGCACAUUCUACUGAUUAUUCUUGGGGUGGUUAUUCUAUUAGCAACUCUAUUUCUCAUUGGAGUUAUUUACAAAACAUUAAAAUCAAAAACACAACGAGACAGUUUAGCAUUGCAUAGUAGUAAUUUAACAGAAUUGUAUUUCAAUCGAUCUGAGCGAGCGUGUUUACAUGGUUUCCUCGAGUGUAAAUAUAAUGCGACGUGUACUGAGCAAAACCAAUGUCAUUGCAUUUUUAAUUGUGCCGAUUCGAAUGGUGAUACAUGUCGACUUGAUCAGGCGAGAUGUGUUGCAUAUUACGAGAAAAAUCUGACAUGUUCGUCAAUGAAUUGUUCUCAUGGGGCGAAAUGUGUCAUAAAUGAGAAUGGUUUAGCGGGAUGUAAUUGUCCAAUUAAUUGUGAUGAAUACGAUCGGACAGAAGCGCCUGAUGGAUUAAUCUGUGCGAAUGAUCAACGAACUUAUGAUACAAGUUGCGAGCUACAGAAGAAAGCGUGCGAAAUUCAACAAAAUCUAUAUGUUCUUCAUUCAGGAAGAUGCCAAAAUUGCACGGGUUCUAGUUGCCUGUUAAAUUCGCAGCAGUGUAAUCCGUAUGUCAGUUGUUCGUCAAAAUAUCGACCAAUAUGUGCGAGUAAUCUUCAUUCGUUUUCGAAUGAAUGUGAGAUGCAGAAAUAUGCUUGUCAAUCUCGUGUAAAUUUAACCAAAUUACACGAUAAGAGAUGCUAUUCUAAUGAAGAACAGCAAUUGAGAAAAGCUUGUAAAACGUUGACUUGUUCAAAUGGAAAAAUGUGUAUGCUGGAAAAUGGACUCGGCGUAUGUCGAUGUUUAUUCAACUGUUCAUCUGAGAAAAAUCCAAUCUGUGCAUCGGAUGGUCGAUUCUACCAAAACUUAUGCGAGAUGGAACGUGCUCGUUGUUUCAACGAUGCAAGUUUCGUUCCUGUCGAUAUAUCCUAUUGUGUAUCAAUAUGCGAUAAAAUUCAUUGUCCUUAUGGUCGAUGUAAACAUCAUUCGAACGAACAGAUUGAAUGCGAAUGUAAGACUUGCUCGCAGAAAUAUUCUGAGCACGAACAGAUCUGCGGAGAUAAUGGAUUUACAUAUCCGUCACAAUGUUUACUCGAGCACGAUGCUUGUACAAAACAAAAAGAUAUCAAACCACGGCACAUGGGGCCGUGCAAUAACUGUCAGAAUGUUGUCUGUCCAUUCAAUGGAUAUUGUCGAUCGGAACAAGGAAAUCAUACGUGCCUAUGCUCGACGAAAGAUAGUUGUUUGACGCGUAAUCAAUCAAAUCCAAUAUGUGGAAGCAAUCAAGAAUUAUUUUACAGUCAAUGUGAAAUGGAUGUACGUUCGUGUGAGUUGAAUACACAUUUGUAUGCGGUUUCUCCUCAUUAUUGUAUUCAAUAUCACGACCAAAAAAAAUAUACUUUUGAAUGCAGUUAUGAUGAAGUAUUGUUGGAUUUGAAUUCAAACCGUUAUAUUGAAUGCGAUGCUUUCGAACGAUGUCCGAUCAAUAGUUAUUGUAAUAAACAAACCAACCGUUGUUGCGUUAAAGUUAUAACGGCUAUUUUACCAUAUCGAGUAUGUCGGUCCGAUGAGGAUUGUGGACGAAAUAUGAUUUGCUCAUUUGGUCUUUGUCAAUGUGCAAGAAAUGAUAUGAUGCCCGCGAGAAAUAAACGAGAAUGUGUUGCGGUUCCUUCAUAUGUUUCUCAAAAUUCUACGUGUGCCACUUCUCCUUAUGGAUGCUGUAAUGAUCAAAUUACUGUUUCACCAACAUUCAAUCGACAAGGAUGUCCAGAGAAUUGCGAUUGUCAUCCAACGGGUUCAUUACGAACAUCGUGUGAUCCACAAACAGGUUCUUGUUAUUGCCGUUCAGGUGUUGAUGGAUUGACAUGUUCUCAUUGUGACAAUGAAUAUUGGAAUUUUGCCCGAAUUUCAACACAUAACAAUACUGGUUGCAUCCCGUGCGGUUGCCACCCGUAUGGUUCGGAACGAAGAGAUUGUUCACAAGAUACAGGCCAAUGCUCAUGUCAUUCGUUUACAACAGGUCUUCAGUGCGAUAAAUGUAUUGAUUCAACAUUAGUUCUCACUGAUCAUGGUUGUGUCAACAUGAAUAAAAAUCCUCGUCGUCGUCGUCAACGAACAUGCAAUGAUUUGACAUGUCUCUUCGAUGGAAUAUGUCAAAUUCGUGAUGGUUAUCCGAGAUGUACAUGUGAUCAAGUAAUUUGUACAGAUGAAGAGCAACGUUCUAUGAGCAUUUGUGCUUCGAACGGGCGAACGUAUCGAUCUAAAUGCGAUAUGAAACGACAACAAUGUGCAGAACAAUAUGAGAUUGUUUUGAUGUAUCUUGGCGUUUGUCAUGCAAGGGAUGAACAUCAACAAGUGGAAAAUAGUGGAUUUGUUGAAGAAGUGUUACCGAUCGUACCGAUCGAUUCAAAACGAUGUAUCACAGAUGAAGAUUGCGGAGAGAACAUGGUCUGUCUAUCUGAGUUUUGUGAAUGUGCACAACAAAAAUACAAACGUGUUCCUGGACCGCAGUGUAUUAGGCUACACUCAACUCCAUUCGAACGCAAUAAAAAUUUAGUGAAUUCGAUUCGCCGUACAUCAAAUGCUCUAUGCAUGCGAUUCAAUCCAUGUGAAAAUCAUGGUGUAUGUCACGAUGAAUCGAAUGGUAGCUACAUAUGUCUAUGUUCAUUCGGAUGGAUUGGACGUCACUGCGAGCAGAGAAUUACCAUAACUGUACCGUAUUUUAAUCGUCAGUCCUAUCUGGAAUACAAUUUAUCGACGUUUAUUAAAUCGAUUGAUGUUACCUUUGCUAGUGAGCAUGAAAAUGGAUUAAUUCUUUAUUCGGAAGAGAAAUCCAACAAUAUCUAUUUCGUUAUUGCGAUACGAAAUCGAGCUAUUGAUAUAAUGAUUCGAUCUUCUCGUUCGAUAUCGAAAAUUCAAUUACCGGAGAAGAUCAAAUUACAUACAUACGUUCGACUACAAAUUCGUCUUGUAUAUAAUGAAAUUCAAGCGAAGUUGAAUGAUGGAAAUCUAACAACGAGAUUAUUACCAUUUGAAAUGACAUUGAAAAAACAAUUCUUCUUAGGUGGAUUACCAGAAUCAUUACAUUUCCAUUAUAAACAAUUGGAACUUGAUGAAGGUUUUCAAGGAUGCGUUCAUGACUUAUCCGUCAACGGAGAAGCGAUACUGUUCAAUAAUUCAGAACAAACCGGUCAAAAUAUUCAUGAAUGUUCGGUCAAUUCAUGUCAAUCAGCUCAAUGUCUACAAGGAACUCAUUGUGUCCCACUCACUAAUAACGAUCCAAGAAAUUAUGAAUGCUUGGACGAAGAUUAUACAGCGAUUGACCGAUGUUUAAGAAGACCGUGCGAUACCAAUCAAGAAUGUGUUCUUGUUUCUCCAAACGAUUACAUCUGUGUUUGUUUAAAUUGUUCCCUGGAUCAUCAGUAUGCCGUUCAAUUUCAAUCGAUUAGUUAUAUCAAACAUCGACCAUUGCAACCGUUAGGGGAAACAGGAAAGUUUAAGAUGGAAUUAUGGUUUUUAAGUUCGAAAUCAUCAGGUUUACUGAUUUAUAGCGAACAUAUCAAUUCGAAGAAAGGUCACAUGAAAUUAUAUUUACAACAGAAAACAUUGCUAUUCAAUGUUCUACUUGGAGCGAAGAACAUUGCUCUGAGUUCUCGUUCUCCAAUUGAACUGAACACCUGGCAUCGCUGUUUAAUCGAGAUCUACGGUCAAAAAAUUACUUUAAUUCUCGAUCAGGACCUGCCAGUCAUUUCCUAUGAACUAUUCUCUUCAAAUAAUCUAUGGCCACGUUCCCUGACAUUUAUUGGUAACCUUCCUCAACAAUAUCGCCCAAAGAAUUCGCGUCUCUUCGAAGGAUUUCAAGGCUCAAUCCAAAAAAUGAUUAUAAACAAUCGUGUAUUCUCUGACAUUCGUCAGAAUGCGCUGGAGUUAUUCAAUAUAACUGAAUAUUCGGAUGAUCCAUAUCAAUCGCAUCCAUUUCUUCUAUGUGAUCAAACGGAUAUGGAUAAUGCAACGUGUAUUGAUCAAUUGAAGAGUAGUGAUACAUCAGCGGAGUUCGAUGGAGCAAGCAAUGCAGUUUAUGCUUAUACACCACAGAAUUUACAACGAAAUGAUUUCGAUCUGCUACUGAAAACGAAAUACUCGUCCGGUCUUGUGUUCUUUGUUGGUGAAACUACAGUAUCAUUUUUCUCGAAGUAUCUUUCAUUGAUACUUGUUAACGGUUUUCUACAAUUCGAAACCAAAGUUGAUCAACAUUCAGGUGCGAUCUUAUUGAAAUCGAAAGUGCGAGUCGAUGAUAGUCGAUGGCAUCGAAUUACGAUAGAAAGAGUUCGUCGUCGUAUAAUAAUGAAACUAGAUGAUAUUUAUUAUUAUCAAACAUUAUCGUUGAGUAAAGAAACAGAUUUUCACCCUAAUCCAUCAUUAAUUUAUAUCGGUGGAUAUAAUCAGCUUUGUGGUUAUGAUGAACAGCAUUGUCAAUCCUUUCAUGGAUGCCUAAGGAAUGUUUCUAUUGAUGAAAACUACUUAAAUUUAGUUAAUUUCAUAACGACAGAUAACUCAUCACUUAACAACCGAAGCAUGAAUCCUUGGAGUAGUGGUCUUUUCGAUUGCUUCAGCGAUAUUGGUAUUUGUUUCUACGGUUGGUGCUGUACACCUUGUCUCUAUGGAGAGAAUGCACAACAAAUUGACGGCAGUAGCUGUUGUGGCUCGUGUUGUAUAUGGGUUCUACUAGCCGACUGUGGUUUGUGCUGUUUAGUUCAUAUGGGUAAACGAAAAGCAUUACGUGACCGUUACAGCAUCCAAGAAGAUUGUAAUGACUGUGUGGCCACUACUUUCUGUACGUCGUGUGCUGUCUGUCAAGAAGCACGUGAAUUGAAAUUUCGUUCGGCUACAGUUGGAGGUCCGGCACCAGUUAUGGCGCAACCCAUGGGAGGAGCUGCGUAUCCAAAUCUUGGACAACAAUAUUAA